AUGAAUCAUUUCGGACGAAAGCACCGCGUCAAGAGUGCCACUGCUGCCGGACGCAGUCUGCGGCGUAUGACCCUGUUUUGGCGAAGCGACGAUGGAAGACGUGAAACUGAAUAUGUGAACGUUAUUCUAAUUAUCAAACGUCAUCGGCCGUUUCCACGUUGUUUCAUUAAUGAGGUAGUUGCCUUUAAGGACACCAGCAACGACGCGUGGUUGGAACUGAACCUCGCAUUGCCAGUCAAAACGAGGAAAACACGGCAAACCGGAUACGGACUGUGCGACUGCUACGAUGAGAAUCCGUGCCCUGCCGGUUCGCCCGGUCCGAUCGGAGCUCCAGGGUUACAUGGACAGCCAGGUAAGCAAGGAGCGAAAGGCGUGAAAGGACGACCCGGAAUAGUGCCGUACAUUCCCGCCACCGAACGAGCAUCGUGCCGUAUAUGUCCGCCCGGACAGAAGGGGACGCCUGGAUUACAGGGAGCUCGCGGUCCACAGGGACCACGCGGGCCAAAAGGACCACCUGGUCCAAACGGCCAUAAUGGAAUGGUAGGAUUUCCAGGACCACCUGGCCAACCAGGCAAGCAAGGACCAGUGGGAAGAAGUGGAAUCAGAGGAGAAUGCGGAAAAGACGGCGUGAAGGGCGUGAAAGGAUCAGUAGGGCAGCAAGGCAUACCUGGAAGACCUGGAUUGCAAGGUCCUCCCGGACGUCCGGGCAACGCAGGACAGAACGGUCCCAUGGGAGAGCCGGGGGAACCUGGCCCACAGGGUGAACCGGGGAAACCGGGCUAUGUAGGUGUGCGUGGUGCUCGUGGCCCACCCGGAAUUCCAGGUAGAGACGCUCAGUACUGCUCUUGCCCCGACCGUUCACCACGACCGCUCAGAAAGCACUAG